AUGACGUUGGAUGAAAUCAAGGCAGGGCAGACAGCUCUUAAGGAUUCCUUUAGGAUGACCACGGCGCAAGGACAAGUAGAUCUGAAGGCCGGAAUGAAGAACCAACUGCAGGAACUUGGGAGCAAGAUCAUCACAAAAGAAGACUUCGCGAAUUCAAUUAAGGCUCUGCAGACCAAACUGGAUGCGAGAUUCGACAGAAUGGAGGAACUUAGAACGAGACGCAUUGACGGAUCCGAGGACUUCGAGAGAAACUGGCAUGAUUAUAAAUCUGGAUUUGGGAAUGUCAGUGGAGAAUUUUUCAUCGGGCUGGAAAAAUUGCAUCGGAUGACUGAGGCACGACCCCACGAACUCUACAUUAAACUUGGCAAGGUUGAUGGAUCCACCAGUUACGCUCAAUACGAUGACUUUAAGAUUGGGAGUGAGGAGGAAUUGUACGAGUUAAAGAAUCUAGGGAAAUAUUCUGGUAAGGCCGGAGACUCCCUCACAGAAAAUAAGAACCAAAAGUUCUCCACAUUUGAUCGGGAUAAUGACAAUAAAAGUAACGGAAAUUGUGCCUUAGAAUAUGGUGCAUGGUGGCACAAUAGCUGUUCACCUAGUACGCUCAAUGGAAAUUACUUCAAAGAUGGCAAAGGUCGUAGAGGAAUUAAGUGGUACUGGUAUAUAAAUUGGGAUGAAUCAGCUACCUUUGUCGAAAUGAUGAUAAGGGCCAAGUCAUUGAGUCGCACUGUUUAA